GACGGGCGCAGAGUGGGAGGGCAGCUGGAAGCACGGGGCGCUGACGGCGUCCUCUCUGUCUCAGCGGCGCGGCUUUUCUGCACUCGAGUGCUGAAUUCAUGUUGGAGGGGGAGGCGCCCGAGCGGCACGACUGCCGGCCGAUUUUAACAAUUAACCUUGAUGAACGCAGAUUGGUUUCACUUAACAGGCGCAGGUGCGUGGAGUCCGCGACACGGCGCAGCUGAGCGACUCCACGUUUCUGACUGGACGUUGACGCAUUUUAUGCCAAACACAGAAACUAUACGGAUAAAGGAUCUUGCAGAUGAUUUUUUUUUAAUAUAUAUAUAUCUAUAUUUUUUUCCCCCCCACGGGACAGGAUGCACGUUACAACGGGAGCCCCUGCGAUACUCGUCUUCGCGCAGAAACCGGAUUCCGGAGCAUCGCUGAAUUGAAUUGCGGAGCCCUAUAUCGGAAUUUGACCGCCGUGUCAUUGCCCGGUCCUGCCAGUCCCAGCGGCGGGUAGGCAGGCGUCCUCUCCGCGGCGGAGACGACGAGGAGGUGGUGGGGGGGUGGGGGAAAGUGUCCGCUUCACCGCUCUCCAUCCGCGCCCUGGACGGCUUGAAAUGAGGACCACAUCCCGGCCCUGCUCCGUGUGAAGAGGCAAGCGGGGCGGCAGUUUCUCUCGGCUCUCAAGGACGCGGAAAAAAAAAAAGAAGAGGAGAGAGAAGGAAAAAAAAAAAAAAAAAAAGUGGCCGCCGGCCGAGCUGCGAAGGCAUGGAGCGGGACGACACCGACGCCGUGAGCGCGUCCAAAAAGACAAUAAUUGCGAAGAUAUUUAAAGUUCGCAAGAGGAGGGAGAUGCUUUUUGUUCAGGUGUGCUUUAUCUGCAGUGUCCUCUUCGCGGCGUGGAGCAUGUCGGCGCUGUUGACCAAGACAGGCCAUGGGAUGAUAGUGGAGGGACAGCCGAACCUUGAACACUGGGGAAGACGGCUAAUGGCUUCGGUGCCGGACAACGAAACGGAGCAGAAGAACUGUUCAGAGCCAGCAAUACACGAGUUCCCCGAUGACCUUUUCACCAACGACGAACGAAAGAGUGGUGCCAUUCUGCUGCACAUUGUGGCGGCGCUCUACAUGUUUCUGGCCCUCGCCAUAACAUGCGACGAGUACUUUGUGACAUCGCUGGAGAAGAUCUGUGAGAAACUAGAUCUGAGUGAAGAUGUUGCCGGAGCCACCUUCAUGGCAGCUGGCAGCUCUGCACCUGAGCUUUUUGCAUCUGUCAUUGGUGUCUUUAUCACCCACGGUGAUGUGGGGGUGGGGACCAUCGUUGGCUCGGCGGUCUUCAACAUCCUUUGCAUCAUUGGUGUCUGCGGGAUCUUUGCUGGACAGGUGGUGAUGUUGACCUGGUGGGCUGUCUUCAGGGAUUCCUUCUACUACAUCCUGUCUGUUGUGGCUUUGAUUGCGUUCAUCUACGAUGAGAAGAUAGUUUGGUGGGAGAGUUUGGUGCUGGUAGUCAUGUACGCCGGAUACAUCCUCGUCAUGAAAUUCAACUCCAGCAUGCAGAAGUUUUUCACGGGGAAGUCGAACAAGCACGUGGCCAAUGGUAACGCUGCGGCCAGCAGUGAGAUGGAGGACGUCAAGCCCAGCAAGGCUUACAGCCGCGGCUCUGUGGUGAUGGUGGACGAGAUCAUGAACGCCAGCCCUUCGAAGUUUAGGUUUCCAGAGGCUGGCCUCCGUGUCAUGGUCACCAGCCAUUUUGGACCCAAGACCCGCCUGCGCAUGGCCAGUCGCCUCAUCAUUACAGAGCGCCAGAAGUUGGUCCAAGCUGCCAAUGGCGUGGAGACACAAGUGAUUGACGGGAAGGUUGAAAUCGAGAACGGAAACGUGCCGGAGGACAAACCCACCGAGGCGGAGGAAAACGACACCAUCUCGCCGUUUCAUAUUCCAAGGGGUAUUGGCAGCAAAGUGAAGUGGCUGAUCUCGUGGCCUCUGCUGCUGUUGCUGUACUUUACCGUCCCGAACUGUGCCAAGCCGCGCUGGGAGAAAUACUUCAUGCUCUCCUUCAUCCUGUCCACUGUCUGGAUUGCAGUCUUCUCCUACUUGAUGGUCUGGAUGGUGACUAUAAUUGGCUACACUCUGGGAAUCCCUGAUGUCAUCAUGGGCAUCACUUUCCUGGCGGCAGGCACCAGCGUCCCAGACUGCAUAGCCAGUCUCAUCGUGGCUCGGCAAGGUCUGGGAGACAUGGCGGUGUCCAACACAAUCGGCAGUAAUGUGUUUGAUAUUCUGGUGGGACUGGGCGUUCCCUGGGCGAUACAGACCAUGUGUGUCAGCUAUGGUUCAGAGGUGAUGAUUAACAGUCGGGGGCUGGUGUACUCAGUGGUGCUUCUGCUGGGCUCUGUGGCCCUCACGGUUCUGGGGAUCCACAUGAAUAAGUGGAGGCUGGACAUGAAGCUGGGCAUCUACGUGCUGGUCCUGUAUGCUGUUUUCCUCUGCUUCUCCAUCAUGAUCGAGUACAACAUCUUCACCUUCGUCAACCUGCCCAUGUGCAUGGAGGAGUAGAGCACCGCAGCAACCGAAACCUCAGUGCUCCCAUAGCAACCCCAAACUUCUUUUUUUUCUUUUUUGUCCUUUUUUUUCCAGUAAUGCCGGACCUAUCUGCAGAUUUUUUAUUUUUUCCCUCCCCUGCACUCUCCCUUGUAAUCCUUUUAGUCCCAAAUAUGAAUCUAAUUUCCUCGAGAAGGCAGUGCACUGUAAGAGUGGACUCCAUUCUGUGUCUCUUUGUCCUUAUGUCACACAGUGCCGGUCCUUAAUGCCCAUUAUGUCGGGCAUUGCCUGUUACCGCAGUGAAGUUUUUAGUUACUCUGUGCGCCUGUGAACUUUCUACCCAUCUAGCAUGCCUUUUUAGAUGUUGGGGACCUCCAGAAUCAUAAAUUGUCCAUAUUGAUUAUUGGUGCGUGUUUUUUUUUUUUUUUUUUUUUCAUUCGUUCACAUUGUAGAUUUCCACACGCCCUUUUCAAAGCCUUCCCAAAUACCAACCCAGUCUGUGAAGAGAAGGGGAAAAAAGUAAUCCUACCACAAACCCUGAUUCCAAUCAACACCUCCCAUGUAGAGACAAGUCUCCUUGAACUAAUUCCGAAAAGAUUUACCACGUUACCCCAGCACCCAAAGAAAAAAAGUACACUCCUCUUUCCCUCUAGAAACCCCAUGGAGGAGGGCCUUGUCCUUGGCAGCUCCCCUCCUCCAGCCUGGACCUGACUCCCCUGGCAUGGCCUUUGGCAUCAGGGAGCGGAUACUGUUUGCGCUUCACUCAACCUGCGCAACUCUUCUCAACCUUCAUCUGCUUGAUCAAAUCUGUUUUGUUUUUUUUUUUUUUUCGUUUUUUUUCUUUAAAAAAAAAAAGACAUCAGGACACUUUGUGUCGACAUGCGUCACAGUCCAGAUCAGUUGACUGUGAGGGUGUUAUGCAUAUGCAGCACUGCACAAUAUAAACUUGUAAACACUUUUUUUUUGUUGUUUUUUGUAUUUAUUUUUUUUCAAAACAAGGUUUUGUCUAGUAUGAAAUAUGAAGGUGAGAUUGUUGCAAAUAUAGGACAUUGCCUGUUUUUCACUUAAACAUAUUGCACAUGGAAAUGCUUUUCUUGCUGUGUGCUCUAAGGAGAUUUGACCACUCAGAAGGGGUAUUAAGGCUGGUGGUGGCGGCUCCACCCAAGUGUUGUUUUCAUUCAUUGAUGGGUCAUUUCACUUUUCCCUCUGCACAACUUCAGAGAAGAAGAAGAAAAAAAAAAAAAAAAAACUGGCUCCAGAUCUGUGGGAUGCAUCUGAUUUUUGUCAUCAUCAGGUGACUUGUUCUCAUCACGAGACAGCAGCAGCAUGGAGGUAGUCGUUUUAAAACAAAACACACCAAAAAAAAAAAAAAAAAAAAUUGCAAAGACACCAGACAGUUCUCAAAUCUGACUGUCUGCUAUAACACCCUUUGGCCAGUAGGGGGUACUGCAGCCCCUCUACCCAGGCAGGGGUGACAACCACAGCUGCCAGUUAUCAGGGAAACUCUGAAAUGGACAACUCCAAGAGGUGGCGGUGGUGAUGGUCUCUGGAUUUUGAGUUACAUGUAGAUAUUGCACUUUAACAGCCAUCCUCUCAUUCUGAAUCAACUAGUGCUUCCUUCUGUGCGUGUGUCUUUUCGGUGUAUAUGUGUCUGUGUGACUGUGUGUUUGCGAGAGAACGUGUGACUGUGUGUGUGUGUGUGUGUGUGUGUGUGUGUGUGUGUGUGAGAGAAUGAGAGAGAGAACGUGCGCUCAUUACAGGCCCGCGCUACGUUUCUGACACCGGGCUCUUGACUCUCAGAGUGGAACCUCGUUAACAUCAUGAGCACACCCGCCUCUGUCUGCAGUGCAUGCUGGGACAUUAAACGCAGCUCCUCCAGAGCACAGCGAAAGGCUGAGGGCUUGUGGGCAUCCCCAUGGAAACCGCCCAACCCACUUACAAAAAUCGGCAGCUACGAGCUACACUGCAAUCCAGACAUUUUGACGUCAUGCAAAAAUGCCUGUGAUGAGUAACACAAGUUGAGGUGCAGAGACUUAAAAACUGAAAAGCGUGUGGGGAGUGUUUAAGUGUUUAAAAUAUUCCUCUGCCACACUGUUGGCAGCAGGCACUUGUAUAUGCAAUCUCAAUGUAAAGAAUUUAUGUGACAGAAGGGCCCCUGCAAGGUUGCCAUAUAAAGACGGGGGAUCCUGUGGAGAUGUGACGUCGGUUUGUCUAGUAGUACUUGAUGUGUGAGCUCACAGGUGUGUGUUUUGACAGCCAAGGAACUGAAUCAACAGCGUGGAAGGUUUCCGGAAACAGUGGCAUUGUGGGAAGUCCGACUUUUCCCCCUCCUGCACACAACCUCUUUUUCCCUCUUUCCGCACUUUUGUCCCCUCUUGCACAAGGGCAUUAACUUUCCACCAACCCUAGCCGAAGGAGCGGAAAGGCAGCAGGGAGCCUGGACGGACAGACGGCUGGAAUGGAUGACUUUCCUCCAGCGCCCUCGGGCCGUCGUCACUUUUCAAUGGGCCCUGGUGAGAGCAGACGUUAAGGAAAUAAAAAAAAAAAAAAAAAAAAGCUGGACCCCCUUAAGCUGCUACUCAGUCAGGGUUCGAAUAGCUGUGUUUACUGGAUGGAGGUGACCACACAGGGCCUCCACACACCCAUUGACAUCCUUUUACCCCCCCCCCCCACAAACAACCUUUUCAGUGAAUCUUCUGUACAUACAGUACAGAAGAUCAUACAGUACCUUUUUAUUUUUUGGUUUAUGCUUUUUGUGGGGAAGGCACGUUUGUACUGUACUGUAGUUGAUUCAGAAUGUGCAGUGUUAAGAGUUUUUUUUGGUUUGUUUUUUUUGGCCCUGUGUGGUCAUGUCCCGGUUGCCAGUUUUGAGCAGUAACACAACAGCAGGGGAA